AUGUUACGAUUUCUCUGUGCACUUCUGCUGCCUACUCUAGCCUACGCCGCCGUUCAGUGUUACGUCGGUCAAAAACUGUUCAGCUAUGAAUCCAAUAAUGCUAUUUGUGCUCGAUUCAUUCCCUAUCACUGUGCGACACAAUGCGAAUGGCGUAAAAAUUGCUCUUCACAUGCCUCAUUCCCAGCAUUCCAUGGACGACGAACAUUUGUCUCUGGACUACUGAUCAGUUCCAAAUCUCUUAUGGUUCUAUGUUGUGCCUCGAUGGCAACACGACUUGAGACUGAUGAUGUUGGACGCGAAAAGUGCGUAUGGAGGGACACGGAGUCCAUUGCUGUCCUAGGACCGUCAAUCCGCACCAAUCCCGUGCUAGCCCCUAAUCACUACAUCAGAGAUGUGAACAUGGAACGAGAUGGGAACUCAAGAGUAGAUGUCACCUUGGAAGUCUGCCAAUAUCAAACUGAAAGGGAUCACUGUAAUGUCGAGAAAAUGACCGAUUCCGAGAAGAGAAGAUUCCUUGUGAUUCAACAAAAACUCGAACGUCUCGAACCAAAAGCUGAGCCCAAACCCGUAGCCCAACAGAAGGCUCCAGAAGUUGUCAAGACUUCAGGUGACGACAAAGCCGCUGGUGAUUGUGAAGCAUUAGCACAAAGUGAAUGCGGAAAGGAAGUACAGGGAAGGAUUCAAGGAUGCUGUAAAGGAAGUCCCACUUGUGACCUCGACUGCAUGAAGGAAGUCGAAAAAACAUUAACGGAUGAGGCUGCUCUAAGCAACAAAGGAUGCACCUCGCAAGAGAUUCGACAAGGCAUGGACUGCUUCAGCCGCAAGCUCAAUAGCCAUAUCUCAUAA